GGUUAUGUUUGGCUUUGCCAUGUUAUUGUUGAUAGGUAUUUUUUAUUUUUGUUUAUAUUUACCUAUAGACAUACGAAAAAGCAAUCAAAAAUCAUUGAAGUGGCCUAAAAAUUUAACCAUAUUGGUCCAUAUAUAAUUGCGAUUAGUAGUCCCAUUCAAAUUCCACUGGAUAAUUGGGAUUUUCGAAUAGGUUCUGUAAAUUUUUUUUUGAACUGAUUUCAUCGAAUCUAAUGUGGAAACGAAGUAGAUCAAAAACAAAUAACGAAACUAGGAAAAAAAGUAACACGUUCAAAAAUACAGACGAUGGGUUUGAGGAAUGGGGCGGUUACAUGGCCGCGAAGCGGUCGAAGCUCCUCGAUCAAUUUCACAACGGCCCGAUCGAAAAAUUGUCCGAUAUUUUUGCUGGAGUUAAGAUACUGGUAAACGGGCUCACGCACCCUCCAGCUAACGAGCUGAAAGAUCUGAUGGCAGCCCACGGCGGCGAAUACCACAUGUAUCAGGUGCCGAGCACGACCCACAUUAUAGCUUCGAAUUUGCCCAACACGAAAAUAAAGCAUUUGGGAGCCGUUCCUGUUGUUAAACCGGCGUGGAUAAUCGAGAGUAUAGCGCUGGGAAAACUGAUAGAUUUUAAAAGGUAUUUGCUGUAUACCAACCAGAGUAGCAAACAACCGGCUUUGCCUUUCCCGAUUGUUACGAAACCUAUAAGCAACGGCGAUAGCUCACACGCGCGAGCUACAGCGUCCGCGUGCGUAAACGUCGCGACCUCUAGCGGAAGGGUUGCCAAAACAGCUUCGGACCCGAAGUUCUUGGAAGAGUUCUACAGUAAUUCGCGGCUGCAUCUCAUCGCCACCCUCGGUGCAGAAUUUAAACAUCUGGUGGCCCGGCUUAGGGAAAAAACUGUCGGGAAGUUUCCCGCUAGGGACAAACUUAGAGCGGAAAAAGGGAAGUUGACAAGUGCGCAGCCGCCACAGUCCGUCGUAAUGCACAUAGACAUGGAUUGUUUCUUCGUAUCCGUCGGUCUAAGAAACCAUCCGGAACUGAAAGGUCAACCUGUGGCCAUUACGCAUGCUAGGAGCGGCAUGAUGCAAUCGAACGAUCCCAAUCGCCAAGCGUCUAGGGAAAAAGAAUUCGAAUUGUAUAUGAAAAAUUUACCGGAAGGUGCCUCGUCCAAGAUAGUCGACAUUAAAGACAAAAUCGAUGGCCUCGCUUCGAUGUCGGAGAUCGCAAGUUGCAGCUACGAGGCUAGACGAUGCGGUAUCAAGAACGGAAUGUUUAUGGGACAGGCCGUUAAACUGUGUCCCGACUUGAAGACACUUCCGUACGAUUUUGAAGGUUACAAAGAAGUGUCUAAUACUCUAUAUCAGACGAUUGCUUCGUACACGCUGGACAUAGAAGCUGUGAGUUGCGACGAAAUGUACGUCGACGUUCGACCCAUUUUGCUGGAAACCGGCUUGACCGUUCAGGAGUGGGCGGACCACAUACGAACGGAAAUUGUCACCGCUACUGGAUGUCCCUGUUCAACCGGUUUCGGCAGUAACAGGUUACAGGCAAGACUGGCCACGAGGAAAGCAAAACCGGCUGGUCAUUAUUACCUCGAAGCGGACGACGUCGAAACGUACAUGUCGGAAAUCUUAUUGGAGGACCUGCCCGGGGUGGGGAGAGCCACGUUGGCGAAACUCGGUAGUUUAGGUUUGAAAACAUGCGGGGACGUUCAGCUAGCUCCUCUGAAACUGCUGCAGUCCGAGCUGGGCGCGAAACUGGGCCAGAAAAUCAAGGACCAAGCGUUUGGUCGCGACAGCAGGCCUCUAGAUUAUCACCACGAGAGGAAAUCGGUGUCUGCGGAGGUCAACUACGGUAUCCGGUUCAAGACUCUGGACGAAUGUUACGGUUUCUUGCAGCGUUUGGCCGAAGAAGUCUUUAACCGAGCAAACGACGUUAACACGAGGGCCAGGUGUUUGACUUUGAAGCUGUUGGUCAGAGCUGAGGAUGCUCCCGUGGAAACAGCGAAAUAUCUGGGACACGGAGUGUGCGACGCUGUGAGCAAGAGUACUACUUCGAAUGCGAUCUUGAACGACGCCGGCGUUAUUUAUAGAGAGGUCAAGAGUUUGUACGAUAAACUGAAUAUACCCUUUGCUGAACUGAGGGGGAUCGGCAUUCAGCUGAGCAAAUUGGAAAAGCUCAUCGAGGUUAAUAAGACGAUGAGUAACUUUUUGAAGCAAUCUUCUUGUAAAAAAAUCGACGACGCAUCACUGCCCGCAGAAAAAAUCAACAAAGACAGAAUACCUGUUCAAAACAGUUCAAAAGCGGCUGUUGAUCAGACCGACAAGGCGGGCAAAGGCGUGGUUAAGAAUAAAGUUAAAACCGGUAGUAGAGGGAGACCAAAAGCAAGGGCAACGCCCACCAAAAACAAUUCUACCAUCGAUAAAUUUUUUAGCAAAGUGGCAAAGGGCAACAAUUGUAGGCAGAUGCAAAAUCUUAGGGCGUGGGUAGAUUGGGACGUUUUCGAGCAGCUGCCGGAUGAUAUUCAAAAAGAAAUCGCUACCGAGUACAAUUUUGAUACUGGAAAAGGGAGGGGGGAAGAAAACUCGACUGUGUCGGUGUUGGAGACCAGCUUUACAAAUAUCGCAAUGAAAAAAAUGAACGCCGUCCAUGACGAACUCGACACUCCUUUUCGAAAAUUGUCGUGGGACGAAAUAAAGUCGGCGAUUAAAAUUUGGAUAGAAUCGGAAAACGAGCCGUCGGAAAUUGACGUCGAAAUGCUGGGUCAGCAUUUCAGACGGUGGGCUUUGGAGCGAAAGAUCGAAGUUUUGAAGAGGGCGUACAAUUUUCUGUACAGGGUAUUUUCCAGACUGGAUUGUACGUGGCACAAGGCAUAUUAUGCGGCAGUGGAUGUUAUGCAGACUGGUAUGGUAGAGCGUUACGGAUCAAUUUUGUACGUCAACACAAGUUUCGAAUGUUGUCGUCCCUUUUGAAGUUUUCAUUAGACCGAUGUAAAUAAAUUCCUAGGACGGUCCUGGAACGGUUACGGGCAAGGGUCUGCUCGGCAGAGUAAUAAACAGUAGGCGAAGUUAAUCACGGGAUCGGUUGUAGAAGCACUAUACUUCUGGUCCAAGUGUAAAAAUUAUUAAAAUACAGUGAAAACUCCCUAUAGUGAAACUAUAUAUAACGUAAAACUGUAUUGGGAACAAAAUUUGUUGUACUAUUAAUCCACUCUGUAUAACGAAUUUCUCACUCUGAAUACCGAAAGAAAAAAGGGCACAUCAGGUAACAAAGUAAGGAAUGUAGGCCGACUUGUAAUUAGGAGAGUCUCUUACCUUCUCAGAAUUCCUUACCCUAAUAAUCUAAUUACCGAGAACCUGGUCGUCCUAAGUGUUUUUCUCGUAAUAAGCGAUUGUGUUAAUGCCUUUAUCGGUAUGUAUAAAAGCACACCAUUGUUUCAAUCAGUUCUAAAUUGACUUGGUGAAUACGGAGAGCAUGGCGAGUAAGCGAAAAAUUUUAUCUCUAGAUGAUAAAGUUGCUUUAAUUCGGGAGAUAGAACGGGGAGAAAAAAAAGUGAUGUGGGACGUCGAUACGGACUUACACCGUCGACUGUAUCCACGAUUUGGAAGUGCACAGAAAAAAUCAUUCAGGCUGAAGCGGCAAGCAGUUCUAAAAAAUUAAGAAAGCCAAAAUUUGGUUCAAACAGCAACGUCUUAACAAUUUACCACUCUCUGGACCUAUCGAAAAACUAACAGCAAAAAAGUUUGCUGAAUAGCUUGGCAUUAUCGAUUUCAAGGCUUCUGAAGGAUGGUUGGAGAAGUUCAAACAGAGAAAUGGUGUAAAUUAUGGACAGAUAAGUGGCGAAGACCGUGAUAUCGACAGAAACGUCACUAACGAUUGGCUGGAGAAGACGUGGCCAAAACCAGCAGAAAAGUUCCCUGCUGACGUCAUUUUUAAUGCUGACGAAACUGGUAUUUUUUACAAAAUGACGCCAGAUAAAACUCUUAAAUUUCGAAACGAAAAGUGUGUGGGUGGAAAACUUUCUAAAGAACGUAUAAGAGUGUUAGCAGCUGUCAAUUUGAGUGGGAGAGAAAACAGAAAGCUUCUCGGAAUUGGAAAAUCAACUAACCCACGAUGUUUUAAGAACAUCAAGCAUUUGCCGAUCACUUACAAGGAAAAACAAGUCAGAAUUAAAGGGGAGGAAAAUAUUACUUCUCUUAGCCCUGUACAUCCCCAUAUUCCAAAUCUACAGAAUAUUGAAUUCGCAUUUCUUCCAGCCAAAAGAACAAGUGUAUUACAGCCGAUGGACCAGAGCGUAAUAAAUAGUCUUAGAGUCGAUACAGGAAAAACAUUUUAAUGCAAAUGACCGAGUGCGAAAACCAAUUUUCCGUUAAUGUGCUAGAUGCAGUCAACUUUAUUAGUACAGUUUGGAAAGAGGUGGCAGCAGAAACAAUUCAACACUCUUAUCGUCAUGCAGGACUUAUUACCGAGACAGAAUGCGAACAGUUUUCCAUAAUGAUAAUGAUGAAGAUGAUCAGCCACUAAGCGAGUGGAUAAAGCAGUUUCAAACAACAGCUACGUUUACAAGUGCGGAGUUGUAAGAUUUUAUGGUAAUAGAUCAGGAUUUGCCUACAACAGCAAACUUGACAGAGGAAGCCAUAUUACAAGCAAAAAAGGGCGAGGAAGAAGAAGAUGCAGAAGUUCAACAAGCCCUAUAUUCAGUUAAGCUGCUAGAGAAAUUUUUUAUGUAUUUAUGUAUCAGGGUGAAGAUGCCCCUCUCGAAGAAAUGGUGAAAAUAUAAGCCAAAGUACGAGAUGCGUAUUGGCAUACUAAAAAAAUUCAAAAGAUAAUGACCGAUUAUUUGAAACAUUAAAUUUAGUUCUUAAAUAUUUAUGUAAAA